AUGGCCGACAAACACCUUGGCGCCUUGGCUCUCGUCGUGCCCAAGUGCCUUAUCCAGUCCAGCCCCGAGGCCUGGCGGCCCAGCUCCCAGUCUCCCUGGAUCCUCCAACGCCAGGAGUUUUCCAUGGCCUCUGCAUCAUCCGGUCUCUCCCUCCUCUCUCUGGUCCAGCUCACCUCGCUGCUGCUCCCACCCUUCCGGGGCUCACUUCCCAGUCCUGAGCUGCUGGCCCUACGCCUUUAUUUCUGGGGAAAGAGCACCAAGUCCUGGCUGUGUCUGAUCCUGCUCUUUGCCGUACUUCUGGGCUUCUACAGCAACGUGUUCAACCUGAUCCCCAGAAGACAGACAGAAGAGUCUCAAAGCAGCCUUGAGGCCCACCACCUGCAAGGCCAACGGGAGAGCCUGCCUUUGAGUGAAGGUGACGGCCACUUGGACACCUGCAGGAUACCCGAGGUACCCAGGUUGCUUUACCCCAAGGCUCAGCUUCUUCUCCCCAGGAGAGUGGACGUGCUGGUCAUGACCCCCUGGUUUGCUCCCAUCAUCUGGGACGGGACCUUCGACUCUGCCAUCUUGGAUGCGCAAUUCAGAGACACCACCAUUGGGCUGACCGUGUUCGCCAUCAAAAAAUACGUGGUCUUCCUGCGGCUCUUCCUGGAGACGGCGGAGAAGUACUUCAUGGUGGGACACAAGGUCACCUACUACGUCUUCACCGACCGGCCGGCGGAUGUGCCCCAGAUCGCCCUCCGGGCCGGGAGGCAGGUGGUGGUCCUCCACGUCGGGAGCUACAGACGCUGGCAGGACAUUUCCAUGCAUCGGAUGGAGAUGAUCAGCAACUUCUCGCGGCAGCGCUUCCUCCACGAGGUGGACUACCUGGUGUGCCUGGACGUGGACAUGAAGUUCAGCGACCACGUGGGCGUGGAGAUCCUGGCGCCGCUCUUCGGGACCCUGCACCCCGGGUUCUACGCCGCCGACCGCCAGUCCUUCACCUAUGAGCGCCGGCCCCUGUCUCGAGCCUACAUCCCGAGAGACGAGGGUGACUUCUACUACGCGGGAGGCUUUUUUGGGGGGUCGGUCCCUGAGGUUUACUGGCUCACCACGGCCUGUCACCAGGCCAUGACGGCCGACCAGGCCCAGGGCAUCGAGGCCGUGUGGCACGAUGAGAGCCACCUGAACCGGUACCUGCUGUCGCACAAGCCCAGCAAGGUGCUGUCCCCCGAGUACCUGUGGGACGAGCGGAUGCUGCAGAGGCCGCCCUUACUCCGGAAGCUGCGCUACGUGGCCGUGCCCAAGAACCACGGAGAGAUUCGGAACCGAUGAGAACGUACUUGCCAAGAAAGUCCGUGGGUAUCAGACCGCAGUGCAUGUCAGUGGUUCACCCCUCUUGAUGAGGGGUUGGCCAAAGGCUUGAUGGAACCACUGAGAACGUACUUUUCAAGAAAGUCCGUGGAAAUCGGGCCGCACCUCAUGUCAGUGGUUCUACCCUCUCCAUAAGGGAUUGGCCAAAGGCUUGACACGGGUAAAGCCAUUGGCUUACUUCGUCUUCUGGAGGGAACUCCACUGGGCAGACAAAGCCGGCCCUGCAGUCUUCAUUCCCUCCUCAUCCCGCCUCGUCUUUCAGUGUGACUCGUCCUCCAAGGGCUUGACAAGAUCACCUUCCGGGGAUGCUUUCUUUGGUUCUCUCUUCUUCCAGUCAUUGAAGGGAAUUUCUCCUUCCUCUGACGAAACAACAACAGAAAGAACUGUAUCUUCAUGAAGCGCUAAGGAUAUACUUUUGGCAGUGUCUGCCUUUCUGCCUACCUUACCCACUGGCCUUGCCCAUUGUGAUGUGGGAUGCUGAGGAUGGAGAUCAAGAUGUCUCCAUCUUUUUGUCCAUCAGCACACACCUCAGUGCCUGAUGCCCAGGGGCUUUCAAAACUGUUUGCAUUUAAAUGUCAGGAAGGGACUUCCCUGGUACCCAUCCAGUGGUUAAGAGGUUGCCUACCAAUGCUGCGGACACAAGCUGGAUCCCUGAUCCCGGAGCUAAGA